AGCUUACAAAACGAAUAUCGGUUUUGGCAUUUGCUCCUAAUAGAAACCGAUAUCCGUAUCGUACGGUCCUGCAUAACCGUUUCGCAGAAUACGUUUCAACGUUUUUUCUCUGGUACAAAACCUAAAUUCGUUUCUUCAUAAGGCAAAAAACGUUGAAACGUAUUCUGCGAAACGGUUAUGCAGGACCGUACCAUACGGAUAUCGAUUUAUAUUAGGAGCAAAUGCCAAAACCGAUAUUCGUUGUGUAAGCUACGGAUUCUUUUUAGAGAGCAGGAGUUCAUAAAACACGGAACCCGGUCACUGUGGGAAUGUUUCACUAUUAUAUCUUGAAAUUUGAACAGGUCGAUCCUUUCGAUCAAGCAAACUCGAUAAGCAAUAACAUUCCACAAUUGACCUCGCGACUAGUAGUUAUAAAUGGGUAAAAGAUCUUACCGCCGAAGGAUUUUGUAAACGUACGUUCUACCACUCUACCAUUCUACUUCCUUAGUCUCAGUCUUAGGCAUUUUUAUGAUUUUCUCAUGCAGAUCUGCUAAUAUUUUACUUAACAAGAUCUUGAAUGGAUUUUCAUAAGAUCAUUGAAAGAUCUUACACGUAUUGGUUUUUGCGUUCGUCUUUAGUACUUUCGUACCUCCCGCCCCCAUAAUAGAAGCCCUCCCAUGUUAGAAGUAAAUGUAAACAAGUAGAACAAUAACACUGCACUUUAGACGUUUUUCUUUAACUCCACUUAGUCAUAUUUAUCUCUAGUUUUCUUUCGUUUGUUUCAGAUAUGGGCGUCAAACUCCUGUAGCACCACCAAUUGGUGUACGUCAAAUGCAAAGAUCCUCGGGCUUUAAUGUUUCACAUGGAGAAGAUCCACCUUUUUAUGAUCAACAAUACCAUAAAGCAGGAUCACUGGAUCCUAGGAUGAUAUGA